AUGUAUCAAUCUCGAGUUUUUUGUCUAAAACUUCAAUUACAUUUUGGUGGUGAUAUACAUGAAAUAUCUGUACCAGCAUAUGAUGGUGCUGAGCCAACUGUUGAAGAUUUAAUGAACGUUAUUGAACAUGAUUUUCGAGUACCACGAGCAUUACAAAAUCUUGUCUUUCAUGGACAAGAAUUACAUCGACAGCCUGAUGCUGUAUUAAGUUGUUUUGGUAUUAAAAAUCUCGGUAUUAUUCGAUUAGUAGGUCGAAUGGCACCAGCAGAUCAAAUUCAACAAAUUAAUUCUCAAUACAACAUGAAUUCAUGUCAACAAUCAAAUAUGAUUGCAACAUUUAAUACAACUGAACAGAAUUUACCAUCAUAUUACUAUGAACAACUUCGUUCUAUUGGUACUCAAUAUGAUCCACCUCCACCACCCACACCAAAUAAAGAUCAACCACCUUCAACACCUGAUAAAACACAAUUAUCUCAACGAUCAAAUGAUGAGGAACAAACCGCCACAUCAAAUAUAGAACAAUCAUAG